GUGGAAGUGAAUGUCCGCAAAUCCUCAACAAUUAGCGUUUCGAUUGGCCCUUGCUUUUGAUGGCUGUUGCUGCUGCAGAAGGAACGAUGAAAGUUCGUAAAAAUUCUGCAUUCUAAAGAGAAGGAUCAGUUUGAGUCACGUUGAGGAAAACAUACAAAAACAAGCACAACGAGGAAAAGCUUCGUCCAUUCGACAGUCAAACAUCGAGGUCACGAUAAAUCCCGACACGCGAAACACGCGAAAAGCGAAAGCUAAUCUCUUCUGCUUGGAUGUUGGCGGUUUGUAAGUUUGUUGACGGAACCGCUUUCCCGCCCAGCACGCUUGUCAUCCGCACCCGUACCCCUCACCAUCCCCGGUCAGAAGGAAGUGAUUAUCCCGAGUGAAACCGUUGCAAAUUACCCAGCAUUUCCAGCACAAGAAGCUGCAACCGCACACUACCGACCGACAGUGUGCAGUGUGAGUGAGUGAAAUAGUGGAUUGCAUCGGCGUUGCAUAGAGAAAGUAAAUUUGCAGCAAUAUUACGAGUGUGUGAGUGUGUGUGUGCGUGUGUUGCUGCAUGGUGAAACAGUCGGAGCAAGUGGAAAACCCAUUUAACGCCACCAAUCGUAACACGAAUCGCGCUUGUCUUCUGCGAAGAUAUUUCCGCCUGCUUUGUUGAGUAUACAGCAAAGUUCCCAGCCGAGAGAAUCCUACACAGGGAUAAGCCUAUUUGCAUAGUAGUAGGUGGUGCAAAGUUUAAAAAUUUCGUGUCGAAUAAAUCGAGGCAAGCGGUGCAAGAACGUUGGUGCAUUUUCAUAAGGAAACGGCAUUUCAUUUUCGCCUCACGUCAGGGCCGUGACAUUUACGAAUUAAAGGUGGUAUUGCUUUCAAGAUCUCGAACGGGAAAGGAGUGCGUAUUUCUGCGAGAAGCGUUUUGCCUGAAACAUCGACAGGGAUGCCCUUUAUUUCGAAAGAUUGGCGCUCGCCUGGCGAUUCCUGGGUGAAGACGGACGAAGGAUGGGAAAAGCUGAAGGUGCUCGAGUGUGUCAAGCGGAAACGGAGCAUUUCGGAGUGCAGCAAUACUAGCGACACUGAAAACGAUAAUGAGAAUGGUGACAACGAAGUAGUACCACCGCACUGUCACAUUACGCUGAAGUGUACUCGCGAGAUUGCCGGUUUCAAUGGGCUCGGCGAGGCUGUUCGGCGGCUUGACUUUCGCAGCUCGGUGCGCGACGGCCGCCGGUUUAACUAUGUGUGCGCCCUGUUGCGUUUGCUCGUUUCCAGCAAAGGUAUCACCAGUCUUCCGGGCGGUGCCCAACGGCUAUUGCUGCAGAUGCUGGAGGAAGUGGCCACGCACGUGAGCGACUCGCAGCAGAACAUCAAUGUGUUGCGCGGUCUGGUCCAGCAGCUGCGUGCGCUGCUAAAUCAGGAGAAUCAGAAGUGCUGGGGCAAACCGCUCGGUAGCCAAACGUUGUGGGCUGAGCAUGUGCAAACAAUCCAGCGCAUACAGGAUAUAGCUAGUCAGAUUGAAAUUAAGGAGCCCGGUCCAAACAUUCGUCCAAAACUACACGACCUGCCCGAGGAGUGUGUGCGGGAAAUCAUACUCCGAAUCACCGACUACAAGGACCUGGAAGCUUCUGCGUCCGCGUGGUCGCUAAUGGCGGCCCUCAUCUCCGAACAGCGUGUGUGGCGUGAGCUGUCACACUAUCACUUUACCAAGCAGCAAAUCGAUGUGAUAUUAGAGAAGAUGUGUCUGCAGGAUACGAAGGAGCGGCACCGCAACUGGCAAGCGAUCUAUCACGCCUUGAGAAAAAUGUACGGAGUACGCGAGGAGCUACAGUAUGCGGAAAUUUUAGCCUUCUGUCGGCUGUGUCGUUGCCUGUUCUGGCCAUCCGCCGGACAUCCGUGCAUCGUUGACCAAUGUCCCGACUUUCGGCAACGCGUCCAGGAAGCGGGCAAUAGCAAUAACAACGAAACGCAACCCGUACCGCCGGCAAAGUUUCUGCAAUACUUUUCACUGUAAGAGGGCGCAAUAUGUUUGACGGCCGUUGUCCCUAUUCCAAAAUUUGAAAUUUGUUGCUCCGGGCCACGGACGCUGGAAGCUGGAAACAGCGAAUAGUUGAAGGGCAUCGGCAGAGAAUAUUGAUUCACCUUUUUAGGCAGCUGGUGUUACAUUGCUGGCAAUGAUCAAGGAAAGAAGGUAAUUCUGGAAGAGAUGAACGAAGCCACACAAUCUUCACUCCACUAUAUUUAUAUUUUUCUAUAUAAAAACACUGAACAAACAUGAUAAAGUCUACGUAAUUUGUGUGUUCACAAGGAGAUAGGGUCGUAAACGGUAGGGGCGAAUGCGAUUGUAUAGCACCAAUGGUUGUAUUAUCGUUCAAAACCUAGCAAUCAUGGAAACGGAAAGGAACAGAACUGAGAGCCAAACACUUGUGUUAUAAAGCCGAACACGACCGACCCGCCUGCUAGGGCACUGUUAUAAGGAAAAGAAGCGAAAACGAUCUAUAUAUUCAUAAACAAAGCAAAACAGAGAAAUAUUUUGGAAAACAAAGCGCCGAUACGUUUUUACCGAACAUCAGCUAUUUUCAAUCAACCCAAUAUUUAUCCCGUUACAUGCGAUGAUAGAGCGCGUAAUUGAAAGUGCUACUAUUUACAUAAUGUCAGCAUCUAUUUGUAAUCGUUCAGCUACAGCUUACACAGAAGGCACUACCGUAGACUGCGCCCUGCCGAAAUGAGCGGUACGUAAAUGAGGAAACAUACAAAAAACACAAGUCCACCGUUAUACCGUGGAUCUGCACGAUUGUUGUCUUUCGUGCUGAACGUAGUAAUGGAUUUAGUUUGUUUCUUUUUCACCAGUUCGAAUGGAAUAGAGGCGAGAACAUGGUAGCACGACUCAGACAAUACGGUGCGUACAGGAAAUUUGAGCCGAUUUGUCACAUAUUUUCGUACCGAUAUCUAUUCUACGAUAAGCUCUACCGUUUUCUAUAGCAAGUUACACUUUAACUAUUAACUAUACAGCAACGUGAUUCAAUUUAUCGCAAUUUCUUAAAGUGUUUAGACAAAACAAUAACUGUAUUUGCAUGAUGUUUUCUCUAUCUGAUUGUGAUAAGCGUAGCGUUCGGUUGUUCAAUCUGUGUUCCGAUGGGUCAAUCCAUUUUCGUACGUAAUGAUCUUUAUUCGAUGAUAUUCACGGGAAUGCAAGCGAAGGUGAUCGAGAGCGACUAUUGGAAAUAGAAUGAUAGUAUAUACUACUAGCUUUAGAAGGAGGAGUUUGAGAUCGCGAAACAGUAAGUUUAACAAGAACAAGAAACAAGAUGACGUCGUGUAGAAAUUAUGUGAUAUAGGAUGCGACGGAAGCAAUGAGUUCGUCGUGGUUGCAAAGGUCAGGGUGGUUGAGAAAUGUGUGAAACCGGAGGUUAGUUUUUAGCAUUGCAACAUAUUCAAUUCAACGUAUAGAAGGUUCGUUUAACAAUCGAUUUUUGAACGUUUUUAAAAAUUUCGAACGACUAGCUUUCGUACACACGAACGCUUCGUUAUAGCUACUCAAAAUAGUUAAAACGGACUCGGCAGUCAAUUGAAUUACUUACGCCCAAUGCUGGAGUUAUACGUAUUCCCCCUUCAUGUUCAGUACACUCUGGCUAACGAUGGUAGCUUCACCCUCAAGCGUAUCGUCAUAUCGUAGUACAAGACGUAUCCUUUCUAUACAGUAAAUAAGAGAUGAUUUCAUGGUAGUAUAAUUGAUUAUUUGCAUGUAAACGAUUCGGAAGUAACGCUGUUUCAUCUUCUGUAGUUCCGUGAAAGAUGUUAACCAGUUCCAAGCCGUUUCUGAAUUACUGUUCCGUUGUCCGUGUUAAUGGUACAUAGUGUUGGAAUUAUAGAUUCCGUUUAUUUUACGUGUUGAAUCCUAGUAAUCGAUAAACGCUUAGUAGAAUUCGUCAAUAUUUCUGAACGAAAUAAAGCGAACAACAAAAUACAUCUCCGUCAACCACACAUCAACCAAGGAUGAAUCGAGUUGUAGAGACAAGCUUGAGAGAACCGCGCAGCGACGGAAAAAUGUGCUGCAGCCCGAAGUAGAACGUACUAUAAUCAAACAAUGAAAACAAAUAUCACUACAGACAAGUGGACAUUUUAAGUAAACUU